GUAGCUUGUGAGCGGCUACAUAGACACUCAUAGGUAUAAACACACCAGAGAGGGCCACCUCGUGUGUGUAUUGUUUGUACUUUUUCCCUUUGAUAAGCUGUCAUCUGUGGGUACCGCUCGGGGAUUUGAUCGCCGUGAUCUCUCGACCCUGUGGAAGACAUUAAACACCCUCCCAGACCCUUUGCUUUGCCGCUGUUUCUGAACCUUUCUCUCUCCUUUAAUGAGAAUUUCUCCUAAUUAUUUCAGUGGCUACAGCAGAGGGGACCGCAGUGUACUUAGAUCUCGAUACUGGGACGUGACUGUUAUGCUGAUCAAGGCAGGAGAUCAAUAAUUUAGGCCCCGGCUUUAAUGGCAAAGCUGAGAGCUUAAGUGUCUGCAUUCAGGUUGAGUCUUAGUGGUUCCUGGAGUAUUAAUGAUUUCCAUAGUGUUUCUCCCCUUUCUUCUUAAGCUGCAGCUGAUCGGCCUUCUCCUAUCGGCUGUUAUAUUUAUAAAAAGAUAUCUGCCUCCCCUUUCUGUACAUGUGCCUGUGUAGCACAAAAGUGUGCAGAGACAAGCCUGUGCGUCUUAUGUAUUUCUGAUUGUUCACAAAGGUAUGUACACACAUCCGCACACAGAGAUUGCUAUUUUUAUUCCUAUCUAGGGAAGAGUCCUCAGGCACAUUGUCUUGGCUUUGGGGCUACCCAAAUUUGUCCUUUCAAAAUUCAUCUGGUAAGCGCGCAGCCACUUCAAAGGCAUGGGUAAAACGUCAUCGUUUCUUCUUCUCCUUUUUUUUCUUUAUUCUCUAAUUUCCCCGUCUGUCAUAAAACCACAAUUGUACUUAAAGGGAAAACACCAAAAUGCUGUGCUUGCUCAGAUGUGGGCAUGCUUGGUGUGUGUAUUAAAAUUCUAAGUUACUCUACGGCGUCAUUCCUUGUGGAAAUUCAGAAAACCUAUUUGGGCCCCAACAAAUUUAUAUAGUACGUACAUACUGACCAGACAGAUUAAUGCUUGGACAUGGAAAUGAUCGUAACACAUGAGAUGUUUUAAAGUUGAAAAAGAAGAAAAAACCUAGCUCAGUUAAGGGAUCCCAGUUAAUGGGAACAUUGGUCACUGGGAUCUUAUCACCUGCAAUAGUGUAAGGUUGUAAAUAAGAAAUCGGCAUUAUUCCCAAAGGGUCAGAGUGGGCUGGGAGAAACCAGAGCCUUGAUGCCUCCCUAAGGGGAGUGUAACCUGCCCGCUGUCAGUCCGCCCUUCAAGGCCCACAGCUUCCCCCCAGUAACUUUUGUCAAUCUACUAUCUCUGGCUCUUUUUUUCCUGCAAAGUUAUUGACGUCUUACACUUAACCCCUAUUAAUUGCUUAUGUUUUCACACUGUAAAUUCAGUAAUGAAAGCCUUUGUUUCAACCCUCAGCUUCCCAGGUGAAAGGAGCUGCCAAGGGAAUGUGGUGUGAUUUCACACUGAUCUACCGGCAUGUGCUGCGCCCAGCCACUAGGGGGCAAAGCAGCAGACUUGGGCCUUGCAUGGUUUCUGGAAGAGUCUGGCUUGUCCAUGGUUACAAAAGCACAGCAAUAGCUGAUAGUUUAUUUGUUUUUCAUUGUAGGGAAAGUGCACAAGGGAGCUGUGAAUUACUACCAGUGUUUUACACAUGGGGAACCUGGGGCACAGAGAUGAAGUGGCUCCCAGAUGAAAACAGAACAUUGGUACAUAUUGUAGUUUCCAGAGAGGAGACGGUUCCCAUCCAGUUGACCUUUUGCCAUGUGUCCGUGUUUGUUUACUUUUAGCCAUCAAUUCCUGGUAGCCUCAGUCUCUGCUUCUCACUUCAUUAAGCUUGGGGUUUCCUAAUGUCACAGGAGAUGGUAUUGUUUUUGUGUCCCUAAGAAGCUUAUUUCCAGAACAGAUUUCCUUUCUUGGCAUUGUCAAGUCUGGUUACCCUGGGUUCAUGACUUAUUCCUAGACAAAGAGGAAGGAGGGGUUGACCUCUACCUCAAAGAGCAUUCUCAUGUUUUUAAUACAGCUCUAGUUGCUUCUGGGAUUUAGGUAUCCAAACAGUUAGUUUUAAGGGGCUUUGGUGGCACAAUGGUUAAGCACUCAGCUGCUAACCAAAAGGUCCGCAGAUGAAACUCACCAGUGGUUCCACAGGAGAAAAGACCUGACAACCUGCUCCAGUAAAGAUUCCAGUCUAGGAAUCCCUAUGGGUCAGUUCUAUUCUGUCCUAUAGAAUCGCCAUGAGUUGGAAUUGACUCAACGGCACCCAACAACAACAGCUAGAACAACACAACAAUAGUUAGUUUUGUUUCCCUUGUUCUUUAUUUUUCUUCACUCUGCCAAGGUCAUCAUUGUUUUUGCUAAGUUGGGGUAUUAGACCUGCAUUUUUGUAAUUAGCACCAAGAAAUCUUUUCCAGUUAGAGAGACAGCUUAGGGUCUUGGAGCAAAAACUAGGAGUCAAGGAGUCCUGAGAAAACUCCAAAUAGCAUGGAAUGUCCUGGAUAAUUCUGUAGUGGAGGAAUUAAUUCUGAACCACUAAGUACCAUUAAGAACUUGAUGCCAACUAAAUAGGCAGAAAUUUUUUACAGAUGCUGCCAGAAUUUAGAAACCACCCCGUGUGCCAUAGCUUCAGGGGAGCUGAGCUACCAGUUCUAAUAAACUAGAGAAAAUGAAGAAACACUUAAAAGUCUGAAUCCAACUGGCCCAGACCUACCAGAGACCAAUGAUGAUAGUAGAUGGUCAGAAGAGGAAACCAUAGGCCUACCCACUUGCAAGGGUCUUUAAACUUGAUGGAACCAGUGCUGUGAUUUCCUGGUACCCAUGAAAAUAUCCCCUUCCUUUGACAUGAUGCUUUUACCCUUUGCCAAAUGCUUUCACAUCCAUAUUCCUGUUUGAUCCUGACAACAGCCCUAGGAGAUUGGCAAGGGAAAUAGGAUUAACCCUAUUUUCAGGUGAGGAAAUUGAGACUUAGAGGUCUAGAAUGGCUUGUCUAAUGUUCCACAGCUCGCCAAUGGCAGAACCAUGUCUUUAACUCCUGGUCCUGGGCUGAUAGAUGAUCUUAUCAGAUCUUUUCCAAGGUGUUUGGAUGAAAAAUUCUAAAACAGUUUCAUCUGUGGCAAUGAAUCAAAAUAAAAGGUUCCUUCUAGGCCUUUACAGCCCUUAGCAUUAAAGAGAACAGGAAGGUUCUUCCUCGUAGAUGUAUUAAUAAUAAUAAUUGAUGUAUUAGCAAUAAUAAUUGUUAGUCUAUUCCUGGCCAGUGUAUCUCAUGCACAGCCACCAUCGGUCAGCCAGUGGAGGCUGUAUGUUGCUGUGAUGUGCAACAGGUUUCAGUGGAACUUCCAGACUAAGAUGGACUAGGAGAAAAGACCUGGCGAUCUACUUCUGGAAAACGUAUGGAUCACAAUGGUCCAGUCCCCAAGCUGGUCAUGGGAUGGCAUAGGACCAGGUAACAUUUUGUUCUAUUGUGCAUGGGUUCGCUAUGAGUCAGGGGCAAACUCCACAGCAGCUAACCACGACGAUACCCUCCUAGCUCCUCGCUGGUGGAGGCACAGUCUUUGCCCGCUCUAGCCAACGCCUCCUUCCCUAGCACCAUUCAGGCUGGAACCAGCUAGAACCAGAUCUGCUUGAGCAUGAGGGGCUUUCUUCAACCACCAGCAGCAUCAGGAAUUAUUCUGACGUAUCCUGUGCAUCGGCUGCCCUGCUGGCACAUUGGUUAAGUGCUCAGCUGCUAACCAAAAGAUCGGCAGUUUAAAUCUACCAGCUGCUCCUUGGAAACCCUAUGGAGCAGUUCUACUCUGUCCUAUAGGGUCACUAUGAGUCAGAAUUGAUUCAAUGGCAAUGAGGUUUUCAUCCUGUGCAUCAGCCUGCCCACCCCACCUGCUCACCAUUAUGAGGGUCCAUUCACUUCUUUGGCUUUUGUUCCCAUGCCCUCCACUUGUAACUGCCAAGUCCUUAACCAGCUAUCACUCAUACCAUCUAGAAUGAGCCCUGGCACUGUGACUCAGACCACCACCUGACAUUAGGACCCACCUGCCUUCUUGGUGCUAUAUCCACUGUGCCCACUCAGGUGAAAACUUUUAAGCAAAUACUGGUGGGGAUUGGACCCGAAACUUCCACCUUCCUUUAGACUAUGAGUUGGAAUCGACUCGACGGCACUGGGUGGGUUUUUUUUUUUGGUCAGAUUAGGCUUGGGACUUUUUAUGUGCCCCUGUUUUUCUGGUCUGUUUGUUGGAUCCCUCUCCUUUGUUCUUGCAGUUGGAGCCUGGUAACCUCUCCCCCUCUUUUUUUAACAAAACCUGUCCCAUCAGGCCUUAUUCUUAGGGCUGUGCUAUUUGCAUUUGGCAUAAAUUGGUGCAGUUUGCAGUUCUUGAGCCCACUUUGAUGGAAGAAAGCUGAAUUGAAGUAUCGCACUGUAUAGAGGGGAAGAGGAGGGAAAAGAGGGGGUUCCCAUUCUUCCUGCUGUUAUGGGUCAGUCUUUGAGUUGACUUGGAUAAACUCCAUGGGCCCAUGAAGUGUUUUUAUAACCACUGCUGUAUUUGCCCAGUCCAGAUACUUUCAAUUCCCUCUCUGUUUUCAGAUUUCAUCCUGAACAAGCAGACCCCUUAGGGUACUGGAUUUGGGUAGCAGGAGUGGAAUAGGGCUGGCUGAAGCUAACAAAGAACGGGGCUGAGGGUGAACCAAGGUAUGACAUUAAGUUCAAAGCCAGUUAGGCCAUAGUGUUAAAUCAAGGGGGCAAGGCCAAGAGGCAGGGUCAUCAAUGAAGAUGGAAAUCAGAGCUCCAGGCUGAAGCAAGAUGAUUCCUAGGGAUAGGAAGAGACAGAAACUCAAGCCCUGGAGCUUGGCCACUGCAUGUGCAGAAUUUUCAGUUGAGGAGGGUUUCUGGUUCAGACAUCAAGCCUUGAAAUGUACUACAGUGAAAUGUUAAGGAGGACAACCUCUAGAGCUACACUGCCUGCAUUCACUGCCUGGCCCCCAACCUUCUGGCUAAGUUGAACAAGUUACUUAACUGUUCUGCUUAAAGUGUUAGCUUUGUUAUUGUUAUUUUUAAAGAGCCAAGGGUGACUCACUCCUUAGCUGCUCUGUCUCCCAAAAGCUUUAACUCUGACCCUUAAGCUAGGGGCUGAGGUCUGCCUUAAAGGGGCCUGCUGCUCUACAUGGACCUUCUUUCAAAACCAAGUGUAUGACUGCCUGGGCAUUUUUAUUUUUGCAUAAAACUGUCAGGCUCAUCUGAUCAUCAUUAUACCUAUUUGGUUGCUGCAGUUUUGAUUCCUGGCCUAGUUUCUACCCCUUUUCCAAUUGGAAGUUGCUGCUAAGAUCUCAACAUGGCUUUUAGCCAAGCUCUCAUGGAUGACGGCAGAUAAGAAUUAUCUUUUAUGCAUAUACUGCCUCUUCGUUUAUAAAGUGCAUUUAUGAGUACCAUUUACUCACAGUUUUGAAGGGUGUUGUGGGAUCCUUAGGAGCCCUGGUGCCACAGGGGUUAAAAUGCUCAGCUGCGAACCAAAAAGUUGGCAGUUCGAACCCACGGAUUACUCCUCCCGAGAAAGAUAUGACAGUCUACUUCCGUAAAGAUUUACAGCCUUGGAAACCUUAUGGGGCAGCUCUGCUCUGUCCUGUAGGGUUGCUAUGAGUUGGAAUCAGCUCAAAGUUUUGAGUAUCCGGGGAGCGCAGGAAGAGGAGCCAACAGACCCUCAGCUGAUGCGGCUGGACAACAUGCUGUUAGCAGAAGGGGUCGCGGGCCCCGAAAAGGGCGGUGGGUCGGCGGCAGCGGCAGCAGCAGCAGCGGCUUCUGGAGGGGCAGGUUCAGACAACUCAGUGGAGCAUUCCGAUUACAGAGCCAAACUCUCACAGAUCAGACAAAUCUACCACACAGAGCUGGAGAAAUACGAGCAGGCAUGCAACGAGUUCACGACCCACGUGAUGAAUCUCCUGCGAGAGCAAAGCCGGACCAGGCCCAUCUCCCCGAAGGAGAUUGAGCGGAUGGUCAGUAUCAUCCACCGCAAGUUCAGCUCCAUCCAGAUGCAGCUCAAGCAGAGCACGUGUGAGGCUGUCAUGAUCCUGCGUUCCCGGUUCCUGGACGCACGGCGAAAGAGACGGAAUUUCAAUAAGCAAGCUACCGAAAUCCUGAAUGAGUAUUUCUAUUCCCAUCUCAGCAACCCUUACCCCAGUGAGGAAGCCAAAGAGGAGUUAGCGAAGAAGUGUGGCAUCACAGUCUCCCAGGUAUCAAACUGGUUUGGAAAUAAGCGAAUCCGGUACAAGAAGAACAUAGGUAAAUUUCAAGAGGAAGCCAAUAUUUAUGCUGCCAAAACGGCUGUCACUGCUACCAAUGUGUCAGCCCAUGGAAGCCAAGCUAACUCACCCUCAACUCCCAACUCAGCUGGUUCUUCCAGUUCUUUUAACAUGUCAAACUCUGGAGAUUUGUUCAUGAGCGUGCAGUCACUCAAUGGGGAUUCUUACCAAGGGGCCCAGGUUGGAGCCAACGUGCAAUCACAGGUGGAUACCCUUCGCCAUGUUAUCAGCCAGACAGGAGGAUACAGUGACGGACUCGCAGCCAGUCAGAUGUACAGUCCGCAGGGCAUCAGUGCUAAUGGAGGUUGGCAGGAUGCUACUACCCCUUCAUCAGUGACCUCCCCUACAGAAGGCCCUGGCAGUGUUCACUCUGAUACCUCCAACUGAUCUCCCCGCAAUCGCAUCCCGGCUGACCCUGUGCCCCAGUUGGGGCAGGGGCAGGAGGGAGGGUUUCUCUCCCAACGCUGAAGCGGUCAGACUGGAGGUCGAAGCAAUCAGCAAACACAAUAAGAGUCUCCUUCUCUUCUCUUCUUUGGGAUGCUAUUUCAGCCAAUCUGGACACUUCUUUAUACUCUCUUCCCCCCUUUUUUUUUCUGGGUAGAAGCCACCCUUCCCCUGCC